AUGGGUGGUGGCGCUCAAAGUGAAAAUGGUGGCAUGGAAGGGUGGCUCUAUCUUUUCACGUACAAUAGGCUUGGCUAUCAAGUCUCACGUAAGAGAUACUUCAUUCUCAAAGAAAAUCUCCUUAGUAGCUUCAAAAACCAGCCCCUCAACGUCGUCAAGGAGCCAAAUAGAAGUGCAAUUAUAGACUCCAGCGUUCGUGUUAAUGACAAUGGAAGAGAGAGCAUCAACAAAAAGGUGUUCUUCAUCUUCACAGUAUAUAAUGCUUCAAACCAAAGGGAUAAGCUUAAGUUGGGAGCAAGUAGUUCAGAAGAAGCUGCAAAAUGGAUUCGUUCAUUGCAGGAUGCUGCUAUGAAGGAGCCUCCAAAUCUGCUGGCUUCUCCUUUGCCAAAAAAAUCAUCUCUAAGAAAGGGCGGUUCAAAAAGGCCAGAUUGGGUGAAAUUCUCAUUUGACUGGCAAUCAUGGAUAUACAGUGAAGCAAUGACCUCUGAUGUUAUUGAUCAUUCACCAUGGCAGAUUUUUGGUUGCUACAAUGGACUAAGGAUGUUCAAAGAGGCAAAUCCUCGUAGAGGUUGGGGUGAUAUACCUGUAAUGAUGGGAGUGGGUGUGGUUGAUGCAAGUUCAGAAGCUAUUUUCCACACUCUUAUGUCUCUUGGUCCUUCAAGAUCAGAAUGGGACUUUUGUGUAUACCAGGGCAAUGUGGUUGAUCACAUUGAUGGUCACAGUGAUAUUAUUCACCUUCAGAUGUAUAAUGAUUUUCUACCAUGGGGAAUUAAACCACGAGAUAUGCUGUUGCGAAGGUAUUGGAGAAGAGAGGAUGAUGGCACAUAUGUGAUAUUGCUCCAUUCUGUUCAUCAUAAGAAGUGUCCACAAAAUAGUAACUUCGUCCGUGCAUCCCUUAAAAGUGGAGGAUAUGUAGUAACUCCAGUUAACAAAGGAAAGCAAUCAGUAGUAAAACACAUGCUUGCAAUUGAUUGGAAGUUAUGGAAAUUGUAUUUGAGGCCUACAGCAUCAAGAUCCUUGACCAUUAGAAUGCUAGAGAGAAUUGCAGCACUGAGAGAGAUGUUCAAAUCAAAAGGGGAGGGAGAAAGUGUAGAAAAUAUUGCAGCAGAUAUAGGGAUACCAGCAACUCCAGCAAAUGAGAAGGAGGAUAAUGAAGUAAAGACAGGAGAUAAUAGCAGCAAAAAGGUAGUGGACCUAAUGGAAGUGGAAGAUGAUGCUCCCAAAGAGGGUACAAGGAGAACAAGUUUGGUUGGGUUGCAUGAGUCAGCUGAUGAGUUCUUUGAUGUUCCAGAGCCUGUUGACCAAGAUCAUCUUGACAAUGACUGGCAAUUUGACAAUCAAACAUGUGUACAGUCUCCAUUUCACCCCAAGUUACCAACACCUGCUGGUUUGGUGAAAAAGCUGCAGGGCCUUGCAGUUCAGAAGAAAGGGUAUAUGGAAAUACCAGAGGUAGCAUUGGAGACGGAUGAGCCAGCUUAUGGAACUACUCUUCAAAAAGAUUUAACUUGUGAUUCACCAUGCAGUUGGGCUGAAUCUGAUCCAUCUUUGUAUUUGAUUCGCGGCCCGACUUAUUUGACAGAUAAUCAAAAGGUCAAGGCAAUAGGCUCCUUGAUGCAACUAGUCGGCGUGGAUUGGCUCCGAUCGGGUGUGCGAGAAGAUAAUCUAAGUAGUCGGCCUAAUAGCAUAGUUCAAAAGUAUGCAGCAGCAGGUGGUUCAGAAUUCUUUUUUGUUAUCAACAUACAAUUGCCAGGGAAUCCAUUGUAUUCUGCUGCACUCUAUUACAUGAUGAGAACUCCAUUGGAAGACAAUUAUUUACUGCAUAAUUUUGUUGAAGGAGAUGAUGCCUACAGGAAUUCAAGAUUUAAGUUGAUACCAUACAUUUCUAAGGGAUCAUGGGUAGUGAAGCAAAGUGUUGGAAAGAAAGCAUGUUUGUUGGGACAAGCGCUAGAAGUAAAAUAUAUACGUGGGAAGAACUAUUUAGAGCUUGAUAUCAAUGUUGGAUCUUCAACAGUUGCAAGGGGGGUUGUAAACCUUGUUCUUGGAUACCUUAACAAUUUGGUCAUAGAAAUGGCAUUUUUAAUACAGGGGAACACACAAGAGGAGCUCCCAGAGAUACUUAUUGGAACAUGUAGACUCAAUCAUUUGGAUUCAUCGAAAGCAUUUAUGGUCAAACAAUAA